AUAUAAAUCAUUGCCCCCCUCUUAAAAGUACUGCGGACGAAUGUGUAGAGUGUUAUGUUUUACAAAUUGUGCUCCUUGUAAGUCCGAAGUUGGAAAAUAUUCAAACUUUCCUUCAUUUCUGCUGUGUCAAUUUCUAAAGUUAACUAAAAUGGCUGACAGGUUAACUCAACUUCAGGAUGCAUUAAAUCAACUUGCAGAACAUUUUUGUAACAGUAUUGGCGUAAUACAGCAAACUGCUGCUGUUUGUACUUUGCAAAAAAAUACAAAUCCAAAGACUGAAUUUGAUAUAACACAAGAAGGACAUGCCCAAUUAUUUGCUACAUUAAUUUCACGAACUGUCAAAGAUAUAGAUUACAUUAUAGAGACUUUACCAAGUGGAAAAUCAAAUGAGUUACAAACAAAAAGUCUGAUUCAACUUGAGUAUGAGAAUGAAGUAGCACGUAAACAGUUGUCUCAACUUGUUGCAGAUGGAGAGGAGUUACUUUCUCAAAUAAAAAAUGCAAUUUCUUCUGUUUCUAACACAGUCUUAUCCUCAAAAUGCACCAUAACUAAGCUCUGAGAAUGUUUAGCCCAUUCAUUUAUUAAUGAUUAAAUUAAAAAAAAAGUU